UACCGGUUCUGGUUCUCGGUCUAAUACUUUUUAUGAGCGUAAGAGUAACUUGAUUGUUAGUUUAAGAGAUGCCACGGCUGCGAGUGUGUGUGAUUGGAGCCGGAGCUGCAGGACUCUCGGCUGCUAGACAUCUUACAAGUGAGCUGGAUGCGUUUGAUGUGCAAGUGUUCGAACAGUCUUCUUGUGUCGGCGGAACAUGGGUGUUCACUGAAGAUACAGGGGUCGACGAACGUGGGAUUCCGGUUCACUCCAGCGUUUACAGAAACCUCAGGUAAAGCGGGUUAUUUGUAUUGGUGGACAUUCGGUAUUUUUUAAAUCAGUUUUCAGGAACCUUUCCUUUCCGACACUCUUGAUGAAUUAAUCCCCCCAUAACUAUUAAAAGGAAUCACAGUCUUUGAUUUCUGGAUUGCACACUGUGGAUUCCGGAUUUUAGCUAUUGGAUACCAGUCUUUGUCAGUGGAAUUUUGAUUCUAAUAUUGUAAUCGUAAGUGGCAUUCUGGAUUCCUUGAGCUGUAUUUUGGAUUUCAAAGCUCAAGAUUCCGGUUUCCACACGCAAAAUUUUCCUGGAAUCCAUAUUCCACAAGCAAAACUUUCCCAGGUUCCGGAAUCCCUUGCAUGGGGCAAAUGAAUGGUCUUUCUUGUUUCAGUCAUCAAAAUUGCACUAUUCCUCACCUCCCAGCCAGGGCCAGCAUUUGAACCUUUGGAAAAUUUUGUGUUUAAAUCCUUCGGCUUCCUUAACUGAAAUUUCAGCUGUCUCUUCGAGUCUCAAGCUCUCGAAAGAGACGUCUGAAAUGCUGUCAAGUUGCAUCAAGCACUACCCCAUUGGCUUUAAUUUGUGCAAAACGUACAAUAUAAUUUUCAGCCGGUAAGGCCAUCCUCUUUUUUUCUCCGUUUAGUGUCGUCCGACUGACCCAAAUUUUUAGCAUUUUCAAAAAAAAAAAAAGUAACAUUAUAGUUAAACCAUUUUUCACUUGAAAUAAUUCUUUUAAUCUGAAAAAUGAGCACAGUAUAACAGCAUAGAGAACAACAGGAACAAAAACAUGAUUAUUUUUUACAGGAUAUUGUGCAUUUUGUUAAUCCAAAGAUGGGAAUGUUAACUUUUAAUGUCAUCCUAGGGUACCAGGGCCUACUAUUCGGAGACUACUUGUGAUUUUUUUUUAGGUUUUUUUUUCAAUCUGACCAACCAACCCAAUAUCAGAAAACGCAUUCGAAACUAAACCAAAAAAAAAGGGGGAUGGCCUAAAAAAUAAAAAAGCAAGGUCUACAGGGUACAAAAUUGAGCUAGAUUCCAGAAUACCUGGUCACUAAUAGCUUAUUUGCAUCUUGUCAAAUAACAAAAACAAAAGCUACUCACAGUGUUUUGGUUUCCAAAAAUUGUUUUACUUGUAUCUCAUGUUAAGUAAUGCUUGAACUGUCAAAUGCAUGCAAAGAUCUUUGCUGAUAUAGAUCCAAAAUUUAACAGUUUAAAAACUUAUUGAGGCUCAUUGUACAGUUAAUGAAGUACAAACUUGGACACUACCCAAUGUGCUUUGAUUCAAGAAAAGCUAUUUGGUCCUUUAACGAUCAAAGGAUGCAAGCAAAGAAAGAAAAACCUAUAGAAUGAUUACAUUUGACAGUAGAAUUGACAGGAAGCUUAAGACACGGUCAUUAUGUGUAAAAUAUCUCACCAAAAAUCUCAUUGAUCAUCUUAAAAGCCUACUCACUUAAUUCCACAGUGAUCAUCAUUCAUAAUAACAAGUCAUAGUUUCCUAAUCAAAUCUUGAACUAUGUUCAUUUUCCUUUUUAUGAUAAAGAUGAUAAAGAUUUAAUUGUUCAAAUUUUGAACUCUGUGCAAGCUAGCCUGCGUGCAGACGAUAACUAAACUUUGAUUAGUACCGUCUGCGAAGCAGCGCAGAGAUCCUUGUUCUGAACCCCCAACGGACUCAACGAAUUACCGGAAGUGCGUUUCGAAUUUCCCUUCAACCUGAUUGGCGAUCACGACAAACAAAACAAAGGCCUUUUUUAACUGGCCAAUCGUGGCACGUACUCAAAUCUGGGUACACAGCUGGAAGUCCAGAACAAGGAUUUCAGCGCUGUUUUGCAGACGGAGUUAACCAGAGUUUAAUUUCGUCUGCGCGCAGGCUAUGUGCAAGCAUGAUUAUCAAUUGUGAAAAUUCGUGUGGCCUGAACCUUUAAAUGUAAAAUGUGUCACAAAUGUUAUCUACAGUCAACUGCAUCAACUUUUAGGGCUUAUACUACAACAUGAGAUAUUUCUGCAUUUGAUUGGCUUAGAGCAGUGGUAUUUCAGCUUAGUUUGAAAUACCUACAUGUGAAAAUUACAACCUUUUGCUGGUAGUAGUAUAAACAAAUAAUAGCAUGAUUUGUACGUGAUAUUUAGCAUAAAUACCACUCGUGAUAUUUCAAAAUUGUCUCAAAUUUCACUCGCCUAACAGCUCCUGAAGUUACGUAUAACAAUUUUGAUAUAUCACUCGUGGUGUUAUUUAUGCCAAAUAUUACUACUAAUCAUGCUAUUACCUAUACUAAUAUAAUGAAAUUUACAUUUUUCAGUUUUGAUGAUAAUUUUUCAGAACCAAUCUGCCCAAAGAAAUUAUGGCAUUUCCUGAUUUUCCAUUUCCUUCAGAGUGGAGCUCAUUCAUAAGUCAUCAACAAGUUCUCAAAUACUUGAAAGAGUAUACCAGUCAUUUUGACUUGUACAAAUACAUCCAGUUCAACUCCAUUAUCAGCAGUGUUCGUCCACUGAUAAGAAAAGACAGUCAAAAGCCACUGUGGGAAGUUGUUGUUACAGAUGCUCAUACUAAGGAGUCUCAAGUUUUACUCUUUGAUGCUGUUAUUGUUUGCAGUGGGUAGGUAUCUUUAUUAUUUUAUUUUGUUGUUCCAAACAAUAUCAUUAUCUUCACAAUUUUUACUGGUAAUUUAAGAGCGACUGUGUGUAAAUAUCGAGAAUUUGAGUUCCAUUUAUACGUUAAAAUUCAAAAUGAUAAAAGACUUUAACAAAUAUUCAUUUAUACACUAAUCAUUUUAGAACACUAUCUAUUCAUCUUCAUCGAAAAAUGCAUAUUUGGGUACAUUAAAUAUAUAAUUUCAUGGAAUUUGUGUUACCCCCAGUUGCUUGAUGGUUUCAACAUUUUUAUGCCGAAAACAUCAAAAAUGAACAGUGUGUUUACCUCUCUUAAUGGGUUUCUUUUCAGCUGCCCAAGAUGGAUUUUCUAUAUUUUGUACUGCAAAAGUAGGGUUUUUCCGAGAUGUAAUAUUUAAUAAUUCUUCCAAAAUUUGAUGUACCAAGCUGUGAUUUUUUUCCUUCAAAGUUUCGCAAUUUUUCAUUGUUUAUGAAAGUGCUGAAGAUAGGAAUCUUUGGGCGUUUUUUAGCCGAGUAAAAAAUGCAUUGUCUUGCAAUAUUUUUAGUAUUAAACCAAAUAGUAUUGUAACUGGGAUGCCUUACUUACCUGCAAAAGAUGAACUGGUUUCCUUGAAGCACUCUUCUUCCCAAGGGCUUUGAAAAUGGUAUAAUUCAAAGGUUUUGGUGAUUUCUAAUAAACAGUGACUACACCCCAGUUUUCUCAAAAAAAAUAUUCUUUGGAAACUUUUAUUUUGAUUUUCGAAAGUGUUUCACUGAAGGGUUUUUUCUGACUGAAUAAGAAGAAUUUCAAAAUUUCAGUUUUGAUGGUAAAUUCUUGAUAUUUGUACAGACAGCUGCUCGAGACUAUUAGGAUUUUAGCAGUAUUCUCCAGAAAAUGUGGAAGUGGUAAUAGAUUAGAUUGAAAGGAGAGCAGGGAAGCCUUUCAUGUGACAUAGUAGCAUUUCAGGGUAGAUAUGGUUGGGGGUUGGCACACUGUCAGUAUCCCCAGAAAACUUUUUGUUUAAGGGACUCAGUGAAAAAUAAUUGCAUUUCUAUAUGCAGUUUGAGUGACCUAAUAACCCCCGAAGCUUCUGGAGAGCCCUGGUUUUAGGGAUAAUUAUAUGAAUUAAAAAAUUGAUUUAGGGAAAUUAUGUUAGAUUCUCUUACAAACACGUCAGACUGAAUUUCUCACAAGGCUGCCUUAGUACUCAUCAAGGUGGCUUUCAAAAUCGUGACAAGGUCUAUUAUCUGAUUGGCUUCCUUUGUUUCCAGCUCAUCAAUUUAUUAUUGUCAUACGUUGUCUCAAAGCAACAGAAAAUGUAAUUCAAACCAAAAAUAAAAAUUUAACGACAAGAGUAAGUCAAUUCAAAGAAUAGUGAAAGUGGGUAGGAUGUUGCUCAACCAGCCUUUCUAUUCCUUUCCAUGAUUCCUCAUGCUUCACUGAUUUUGAACAUGUAGAGAAAGUUGUGUCUGUUAGCCCGGCCUGGGGCUUGUGGGUUUUGCUAUCAGAUUUGUGAAUUCUGUUCUUAAUUGCCUGAUGAGCAGGUGAAGUUUUGGGGGUUUAAUCAAAAAACCUAAAAAUGGCCUUUUACCAACUUUUUCACCUGAUUUUACAUGAAAUAGACAGAUUUGGUUGUUUUAUGCUGAAAAGUGGUUUUUUUUUAAAAAAGCUUGGUACUUUGCUUUAACCCAUUUGCUCCUGGAGAUUUUGCCGAAAAACGCGUUUUGAAGCUAGUCGAGUGGUUUUCUGGUCACUGUCGUGCUAUAAAGAGCUAAAACUUGCCACAAACUGGUUUACAGGUUGUACACUUCGCGGCCUUCUGAUCCAGAUGCAAAAUAUUAGCUUGCGAAGUUCGGGCAUGCACAGAAAGCAAAAUUUCCAGAUAGUUUUUGGGUUUAAAAGUGACACAGCAGUCUUGACUUUUACUUUUCGCUUUCUCUCCUCCCUUCUUUUGUCGCUUUUCUUGCCUCAUUUUUUUUUUCUCUUGCUGGGCAUUUAGUAGGCUUCAUUUUGGUGGGAAAAGUUUUUAGGAAAGCUUUUAGGAUCUUAGGAUUAGGUGAAAGGAAAGGUAGUGGGUAAUGGAACAAGAUUUUCGUGGAAAUUUUCAGGUCAAUGUCACGUGGUUUUUUGCUUCUUUCUCCGGUGUCCUUAACUGAAUUGUGCUUAUUCUGGUAUGGUUUGAAAGAUCUCUUCACUCUGCACAAGUUAGUGAAGAAAGUUGUCCUUGACCAUUAAAACUGAUGAUGUCACAAAGGGUAGAAAGGACCUGGAUCCGCAUGGGCGGUUACGGGCAGUUCAGGGGCGAAUGGGUUAAAUAAUUAGCAAAAAAACCGUAAUCAAUCCUGCAGGCCUUGCAUUUACUAUAAUUUUUUUUUGGCUAGUUAAAAUGACUUUUGGACUUAUACAUGAGAUUGCCCACUGAAUUUUAUUCCUAGUUGUUUGUCUUUUCUGAGUUUGCAAAAGAUGUUAAAGAUUAUUAUUUAUUUAUUAACCUCUAGAGUGUGUAAGUCAUAAUAAAACUCUUUUGGCCCUUUUUGUCAAAAAACAAAAAUCAACAACAACAUCAAAAAGCACUUGUUUUUAAAUUUGAACAUUCUUUCUCCAGACAUUUUGCUGUUCCUCGUUUGCCAGUAAUUCCUGGCCAGGAGUCUUUCCCUGGACUUGUUAUGCAUAGUCAUGAUUAUCGGCAUCCUGAAGUCUUUCAAGGAAAACAUCUGGUUAUUUUUGGAGGCGGGCCUUCUGGUAGAGAUAUUUGCCUUGAUGUAGCAAACUGUGCAGAAAAAGUUUACAUCAGCCAUAAAAGCAGAUUUUGCUCUACACUCCCAGAAAAUGUGGAACAACACAGGCCGUUAAUUUCUAUCCACACGGAUGGAACAGUCCUGUUCGAGGAUGGACAAGAGAGGAAAGUUGACUCAAUCUUAUUGUGUACUGGUUACGUAAUUUCUUUUCCGUUCCUGCAUGAUGACUGCAGUAUCUUGGUCAGGAACAACAGAGUAACACAUUUAUACAAACACAUUUUCAAUACAAAAUACCCAACACUGUCAUUCAUUGGGCUAUGUUCUAAGAACUUCUGCACAUUUCCACGUUUUAGCAUGCAGGCCCAGUACAUUGCAUCAGUUUUGAGUGGACGAAAGAGUUUGCCGUCUGAAGGUCAGAUGAAUGCUGAUGAAGAACAAGAUUUCCAGGAGAGGCUGUCUCUUGGGAUGCCUGAACAUCAUGCUCAUAUAAUAGGCACAAGGGGAGAUUAUGACGGAAUGAUCGCACAGCUGGCUGGAGUUGACAGGCUGAGUCCAGCAUACCAUUCUCUUUUUGAUUAUGUAACUGAGGAAAGAUUCCCAUACCACCUGAUGCAUUACAAGAAAGACAAUUUCAGGGUUAAUUCUGAUGGAACGUGGAGUUUAGUCAAGAACCUUGCAGAUUAUGAUAAUUGUAACAGAGGAGAAAUGAGAAAUGCAGAGAGCCAUAUGGAUAGUUUACAAAAUGGCUUAGAACCAUUGCAUAAAAGACUUGACCACCAAAAGACUAAGCAUUAA